CGCCCUGGGCGGCCGGAGUUGCUGGCGGAGGGGAGCGAGGCGAAAGAAGACGACGAAGGAGACGAAGCGGCAGCGGCGGCAGCGGCGGCGGCAGCCCAGCUGGGGGAAAGCAACCGCAGCGGAGGGGCUCCGAGGCGAAGCCGCGGCUCAAAGCACCAACGUCGGACGGACGGACGGAGGGACCCCCCCAAGAGACACCCCCACACCCCCGGAGGACCCCCCCGCCGGCCCCAUUGCUCGCCUUCUCCUCCUCCUCCUCCUCCUCCUCUCCUCCUGCGCCCCAUGGGCUCGGCGCGGCGGCCGUGCGCUUGGGCGAGCCUCCUCUGGGGCUGCCUCUCCGUUGUACUUGCCCAGCAAGUAACGGUCAAACAUGAAGUCACUGGGUACCUGGGGAAAAGAGUGGUUCUGCCCUGCAAUAUUGCGGUAACUGGACCCGAGAUGAAGGUCAGCCAAGUGACCUGGGUGAAGGAGGUCGGAGGCCGGCGGCAGAACGUGGCCGUCCACCAUCCAACGCAUGGACAGAGCUACCCGAUGGAGAAGAACAGCAGGCGGAUCCGUUUCUCCUUAAAUUCCUUGACGGACGCCACCCUGGUCAUCGAACACCUCCUCAUGUCGGACGAGGGCACCUACUCUUGCGAGUUUGCCACCUAUCCCAACGGCAAUGAAUUUGGCACCACCAACCUGAUCGUCUUAGCCAAGCCCACAAGUGGCGCCGAGGCCAUGGAGGUCAAAUCCAGCAACGUGGAGCAGCCCGUGGCCGUGUGCACCUCGGCAAACGGGAAGCCGCCGGCUCGCAUCACCUGGCAGUCGAAGCUGAACGGCAACUCCAGCGUCAAGCAGACGAACAACUCGGACGGCACCGUCACCGUCACCAGCCACUACAAUCUGAUCCCCACCAAAGAAGCCAAUGAGCAGCAGAUCACCUGCCUCGUGGAACACGUGGCCCUGCCACAAAGCGAGUCCUUCCCUAUCCAUCUUUCCAUAUUGUAUGCUCCUGAGGUUGCCAUAGAGGGCUACGACGACAACUGGUAUUUGACCCGCAAUGAUGCCACACUCAUUUGCAAUGCGAGGGGGAAUCCCACCCCGGUAGAUUUCUCCUGGACCACGUCCAAUGGCCCACUUCCGAAGUCGGUAGAGGUUCAAGGUCAGCGCCUCUUGGUCAAAAAAGUGGAUUACUCUGUGAACACCACCUUCAUCUGCCAAGCCACCAACCGCGUGGGGCAGGUUUCGACGCAGCAAAUAAUCCUCGUCCGGGAGAAGCCGAACCAGGUGGGCGCAGCCACCACAGGGGGCAUCAUCGGAGGCCUGAUAGCCACCAUCGUGGCCUUGGCGGUGUUGGCCACCGGAAUCCUGAUCUGUCGGCAGCAGCAAAAGAACCGGAUGGAUCCCGAGGAGGAGGGUUUGGAAGGACCCCCAGCGUACAAGCCGCCCCCUCCUUGCCAACUGUCGGAAGAAACAGAGCCGGUUGCUAACGCCGCUGGGGCUGAAAGCCUUCCAUUCAAAGCUCCCUACUAUGAGCCCAAUGCCACCGACAAUUUCUUUGGAGGGGUCGGUGCCACCGCCACGAAAGAGGAGGUUCCGCGAUACCACGAGCUGCCAACGCUGGAGGAACGAGAGGCGGCUGGCGAGGCCGGCCCCAGUCUGGAAGAUGAAUAUUUAGACCAGAUCAACCCCAUUUACGAUGCCCUCUCUUUUGCGGCCACGGAGGAAGACGAGGCGUUGACAUCCCUGCCCACCGAUAAGGCCUUCGUCAUGUCCAGAGCCAUGUAUGUCUAAAUCGACCGGCUAAUCUCAACGGCCACAGUCCCAAAAAAACAACAACGGGAUGCUGCUAAAAAGAUAUCCUGUGUUAUUCCGGGAGAGAAGCGGUUUCUUUCUCCAUCAUAUCCUCUUAGGUACCCAUCUCCGUCUCCUGGACCUUCCAGCUUUCACCUGUGCCUUAAGUGGGCACGACCCUAUCUCGCUCAGAAGGGUUUUUCACUACUUUGUGCCUUCCACUUCAAUCCAGUAUCUCUUCCGGUACUUUGACAAAUCUCUCUGCUUUUGACUUCUUGGACUUUCGGUUGCGGGGAUCGUUCCUGGAGAGGGCUCCAGGGCUGAGAUCUAGUAGAUCUUCCAACCGACCUGUGCUGCUUUUAAAAAAAACCACAAGGAUGUUGCCAUCCGGGGAAUGUAGUCGAAUGCUUGUGAAAUCUGUUUACAGUGAGGUAGAAGCGCUCUCUCGGUUACGUACUGUGGGGCUGUACCCUGUAAGUGCCUUGCACCUUCACCUCAAUUGUGGGGGGGGUUUGUCUCCCAUCUCCCCCAGAUUUCAUCCCCUACCAUGAGGCUCCAGGCAAUCUUGUUCAAAGGUUCACAGGAGCCAGCCUCAACUAAUUCUGGACUCUGGAUGCUCUGAAUCGCAGGGGUGGGGUGGGGGUUGUUUUGUUUUUAUUUGCAUUUAUAUCCCGCCCUUCUCCGAAGACUCAGGGUGGCUUACACUAUGUUAAGCAAUAGUCUUCAUCCAUUUGUAUAUUAUAUACAAAGUCAACUUUUAUUGCCCCCAACAAUCUGGGUCCUCAUUUUACCUACUUUAUAAAGGAUGGAAGGCUGAGUCAACCUUGGGCCUGGUGGGACUUGAACCUGCAGUAAUUGCAAGCAGCUGUGUUUUAAAACAGACUGUCUUAACAGUCUGAGCCACCAGAGGGUUGAGCAAAACGUCUUUAAAUGUUGCUCGGACCGCAACGGGUAUCGUGGUUCUUCCCCCCCCCCCCACAAUCUGUGUAAAAGAUGGCUCAGUUAAACCUAACUCUUGAACCCUUCAAAAAACUUUUUUAAAAAAAGUAAUAUGCAGAAAGCCAAACCCGAGAGCAGAUAUAAAGAUUGGGCCUUUCCAGCGUUAUAAGCUGACCAUGCAGGGAGAACUUCCAAAAAAGGGAAACAGAUGGAUUGAUGGAAUUCUGAAAUGAAUCAUGCAGAAAUAGCUUUGCUUAUUAAUCAUGCCCCUAAUUCCACAACAUCGCAUGGAAGAUGUUUCUUGUGACCCAGGCCCAAGUAGGUAGGAGGAAACUCAGUCAGUGUAAAAACAAACAAACUUUAUUCGAACAGCUGAGAAUUACUUCAUUCUCAGUGUAGUUCAACUAAAUUAAAGCAAAUUCCUCUCAACACAAAUUCCUCAGUCCUAUCGCAAACCUUGGUCUUAAUUAGGCAAACUGCCAAAGGCCUUUCUUGGCAAACGUUCAGAAGACACCGAUACAAAAUAAAUGCAAGAAGACGAAGCUACCAACGUUGUUUUCCAGCAGAGCCCAGAUGCCGUUGCUGGUCUUUUAAGCCUUAUGGGAGGGGCCAGUCAUCUCAUGGCCCUACUCCCGAGUCGUCCUCUUUGCUUGAGCUGCUCUUGCCUUCUGGCAGCUCUUCUCAUGCGUGCAUUAGGAACAGGCUCCUCCUGUUCCUCUGCCUCACUACUGUCAGCCUCUGGAGGCUCCGGUGUCCGCACAUCACUCCCCGAUGGCCCUGGCCCCAUCUCUGCCUCUGACGCAGAGCCCUCAUCCGGGCCUUCCCCAGCCUCCAGGACUGGCCCACGCUCUUCCUCAGCCUCAUCGCUGUCCGACUCCAUUGCCAGCUCCGCAGGCUGCUGGCGGACCACAACAAUGUUCUAGUUUGUAGUAGGCUAAAAGCACAAUUAAACUCGGCUAGGGAAAGGCUUACCCUAAAGAUGCAGCUUUGAAAACAUUUCCUUGGAGGCACCAGCAUAUACACUCCUCAAAUCGUUGGGAAUUAUUAACCAGGUAGUAAGGUUGCCUGUGUAUUGCACAAAAGUGGCCAAAACACACACACACACAAAACCCCAUGGGAUUGGUACGCUGACACUUGUAAGGCACUGAGUCUGACCUGAAUGGUCCCUCCCUGUGUUUCCAGCGGGAGAGCCUUCCCGAGUUUCUAAAUGGAGACCUUGCUCCAUUUAGUAAAAUUGGGUGUGCCAAACUGUUCCUGCCUUUGUACUUUUUUUUAUUUUUUUUAGCAUUCCGACACAGGCUCCGGUCAUUACUUGAAUUGUGAUUUUUACAUCCCCAGAUCUUCGGUUCUGCUCCGUUAACACUCUAAUCCUUUUGGGUUCCUGACCUGAAAAUGUGAAAGUUUUUUGUUUUUCCCGAUCGCUGUUCUUGAGUUGGAUGUUUUUAAAACUACAUUUUAAAAUAAAUGAAUUUUUAAAAAUGAGUCGAUUUACCAUUCCAAGGCAAAGGCUUCUUACGCUCUGCCACUGCUGCUGGGUUGUUUUUUUUCUUCCUAGAUGCGGGUACCAAUUGGCACUGUGGGAUUUUUUUUAAUUGUGUUUAUGAUUUUGUUGUCAUAGCUGUUGCUCACCUAUCCUGGUAACAAGACCUGCAUCUCAGGGUCAACGGGAGGGAACAAUUGUCGCACACAAGCACACUAAUGCCUUAUUUUUUCCCCCUCUGCUAUCUUUUAUGUGCCUCGAUUUGACACUCUUGAGCUGUUGAAUUUCAGCAGGGAUGCAGAGGGAAAUUUUUAUACUCCGGAUGGAUGUUUGUUAAAAAAAUAAAUAAAUACAAUUUUCCAAAUCUA